GUCUUAACCACAACCCUUAACAGAAUAUACUUCUGCUUUCAAGAGUGAAAAUGGGUGAAUAUGAAGUGACUGUCUUCACUGGAAACAUGGCCUUUGCCAACACUUUCAACAACGUCUUUAUUAAGCUGGUAGGCACAGACGGGGAGAGCGACCGCACAUGGCUUGUGAACAUUACAGGUCCUGCAGCCUUCAGACAAGGAGCAGUGUCUAGUUUUUCUGUAACCUGCCCUACAUCUAUCGGAAAACUAGUGCUGAUAGAGCUAGACAAAAAGCGUCUCCCACUGUUCCCCGAUGAUGCUUGGUUCUGUUCCAAGGUGGAAGUAAAAUCUCCAGAAGGAGACAUCUACAGCGUUCCCAUCUACCGCUGGAUCAGUGACAGCGAGGUUCACCGGUUCAGUGAGGCAACAGCUCUGAGAGUCUAUGAUGACAACCAUCAUCUUGGCAAGUACACACGGCAGCAGGAGCUGAAGCAGCGAGAGAAAGACUAUCGCUGGGAUGUGUAUGCAGAGGGACUACCCCACACUAUAGAGGCCAAAGACCCUCUUUCUCUGCCUGCUGAGGUCCGCUUCUCCUUCACCAAGAGGACAGAGAUUGCUUUCAUUCUAGCCACAGGGCUGGCUGAGCUGAACUUGAAGGGACUGGUUGACAGCACAGAGAACUGGACAGACUUUGAUAGUAUUAAGCGGGUGUUCUGCUGCAAAAGUACUGACAUAUCAGAUUAUGUUGAGGAACACUGGAAGGAAGAUGCGUUGUUUGGCUACCAGUUUCUAAAUGGCGCCAACCCCAUCUUGAUCCAACGUUGCACAGCUCUGCCUAAAAACUUCCCUGUUGAUGAGGCCCGUAUGACUGACAUCAUCAAUGCCAGCCUGUCAGGUGAAAUGAAGAAAGGCAACAUAUUCCUGUGUGACUACAAGCAUCUGGAUGGAGUGAAAACAAACACCAUCAAUGGGAAGAAGCAGUACUUGGCAGCUCCCCUCGUUCUGCUCUACAAAACACCCGAUGAUAAUCUGGUGCCAGUUGCUAUUCAGCUUAAGCAGACUCCAGGAGUUGACAAUCCCAUCUUUUAUCCAACUGACUCUGAGUAUGACUGGUUGAUGGCAAAGACUUUUGUGAGAAGUGCAGAUUUCAAUGACCAUCAACUCAACACUCACUUGCUGCGCACUCACCUGCUGGCUGAAGUUUUUACAGUGUCACUACUGCGCAACAUGCCUAUGGUGCAUCCUCUGUACAAGCUCCUCAUACCUCACACUCGUUACACUCUGCAGAUCAACAUAUUGGCUCGACUUGUCCUUAUAUCUGAGGAGGGAAUAUUCACAAGGCUUGCAUCUUCUGGUGGAGAGGGAAUGGUCACAAUCCUGAGGAGAUCACUGUCCGCAAUAACCUACAACUCCCUCUGUAUACAAAACGACAUUGCUGAGCGUGGGCUACAGGACAUACCAAACUUCUACUACAGGGAUGAUGGACUCAGGUUGUGGGAUAUCGUCUACAGGUUUGUGCAGGAAAUGCUCUGCUACUACUACAAGAAUGAUGAUGAAGUCAGACAAGACACCGAACUGCAGAAAUGGAUUGGGGACAUUUUUGAACAUGGAUUCCUUUCCCAAGCAGGCACAGGAAUUCCUCAGAAAUUCUACACUGUGGCUGAGUUGGUCAAGUUUGUCACCAUGGUGCUUUUCACCUGCUCAAUCCAGCAUGGAUCUGUCAAUGGUGGACAGUAUGACUAUGGUUCCUGGAUGCCCAACACUCCUAUCACCCUGAAACUUCCUCCACCAACCAAAAAGGGGACAACAAGCGAGGCCAUGAUGCUGGAGACAUUCCCGGAUGUCAGCACAACAGUUAAUGGAAUGGCCAUCAUGUGGCUACUCGCCAAGCAGUCCUCUGACUUUGUCCCUCUUGGCCAAUACCCAGUGGAACAUUUCAGAGAGGAGAUUCCGUGCAGGCUAAUAAAGGAGUUUCAAGAAGAACUUGAUGCUUUAAGUGCAGCCAUCAAAACCCGAAACAAGAAUCUGGAUAUACCUUACACAUACUUGGACCCAAAGGAGAUAGAGAAUAGCGUUUCCAUCUGAAUAUCAGAAAGUUUGACCUCUUAAGCUGUUGAUGAAAUUUAGACUCACAUUAAAAAAAGGUGAACUGGUGGGAAGUACUUCAUGCUCUGUUUUGUGCUAGCGUUAAAAUGAGAAGAAACUACUGUUUGUGAUAAUCAUAUGAGGAUUCAUGAUGGUGAACUGUGGUGAGAAAUUAGCAUUUUAAACCAUACAUGAAAAUACAUUGCAGUUUUUUUAUAAAUUGCAUAAAGGUGAAAGACAUGUUUCUUACACAGAGUGUGAAAAAAGUUGAUUUUAUUAUUUCUUGUUUCAAUAUAAAAAUGAACUAAUCCAUAAUUCUCCUAUGAACAUAUGUUUGCUCUGAA